CGCAGAUGCGCCGCGGCCCAGCCACUGUCUGGCGUUCGGGUCAGUCUGCGGCGCUUGGCGGAGACAUGGGGCGCACGGCCCGGCCGCUCCUCUCGUCGCUUCUGGGGCUGGGGCUGCUGCUGCUGCUGUGCAGCUGGGGGUGCCCUGGCAAUGCCCAUCGGCGGCCCCCGCCGCGUAAGAUCGCAAUCAUUGGAGCCGGUAUUGGUGGCACAUCAGCUGCUGUUUAUCUACGACAGAAAUUUGGCAGGAGUGUGAAGAUUGACGUGUUUGAAAGAGGAGAGGUGGGAGGCCGUCUGGCCACCACGGUUGUGCAAGGGCAAGAAUAUGAGUCGGGAGGUGCUGUCAUCCAUCCUCUUAAUCUGCACAUGAAGCGCUUUGUCAAGGACUUGGGUCUUCCGACUCUUCAGCUCUCUGGUGGCGUUACCGGGGUGUAUAAUGGAGAGAAAAUGGUGUUUGAGGAGAGCUCCUGGUUUAUAGUGAACAUUCUUAAACUAAUUUGGCAUUAUGGACUUCAGUCCCUUCGAAUGCAUAUGUGGGUAGAAGAUGUAUUAGAUAAGUUUAUGAGGAUCUACCGCCUCCAAGCCAAUGAUUAUGCCUUCAGUAGCGUAGAGAAGUUGCUACAUUCUCUAGGAGGGGAUGAGUUCCUUGAAAUACUUAACCAGACACUUAAUGAGACCUUGCAUAAAGCCGGCUUCUCUCAGAAUUUCAUCAGUGAAAUUGUUGCUCCCAUCAUGAGAGUCAAUUAUGGUCAAAGCACCAACAUCAAUGGCUUUGUGGGAGCGGUGUCAAUGGCUUCUACUGAUUCUGGCCUUUGGUCAGUAGAAGGUGGCAACAAACUUGUUUGCUCAGGGCUCCUUGAGACUUCUGAAAGCAACCUCAUACAUGGCUCAGUAAUGUUCAUAGAGGAUAAGACAAAGAUCAAGAAACCAGGAGAUCCCAGAAGGACGUAUGAAGUGGUUUACCAAGUUGGGUCUGAGACUUACUCAGACACCUAUGAAGUUAUCUUGGUGGCCACUCCAUUGAUUCGAGAAAUAGCCAAUAUAACUUUUCUCAACUUUGAUCCUCCAAUUGAGGAAUUCCAUCAACAGUACCAACAUAUAGUGACAACUUUCGUGAAGGGGAAGUUGAACACAUAUUUGUUUUGUCCUAAAUGCAGAGAUGGUUUUGGCUACAGUACCAUCUUAACCACUGACAAAUCAAAGUUGCUUGUCAACAGCAUUGGAAUUGUGACCUCUGUAUAUGAACCGAGUUAUAUCCAACCAUCAAAAGAUGGGACAGGUAUUUGGAAGAUGUUUGCCCGACAGACUCUGAAUAAACAUCAAGUUUCAAGGCUCUUUAAUAGCUACAUAUAUGCUUCGAAGCAACCGUGGCUCGCAUAUCCUCGCUAUCAACCUCCAGAGAAAUGUCCCUCCAUCGUACUCCAUGAUCAGGUUUACUACCUCAAUAGCAUCGAGUGUGCGGCGAGUGCCAUGGAAAUGAGUGCCAUCUCAGCCCACAAUGUUGCUCUCCUGCUUUAUCACCGCUGGAAUGGGUACGACGGCAUGAUUGACCAAGAAGGGCUAUAUGAGAGGCUUAAAAUAGAACUGUGAAGUUCUGUUUUCCUUGCGUGUUGGUUCCAAAUGGAUUAUCACUGGCAAGAAAAUAAUUCAGUCUGAGCAGAGUUGAUUUGCAAUCUGAUGUUUUGCCAUUAUCAUCGCCAUCAUGUAACAAAGGUAAUCCCAGCAAGUCAUGAGAACACACAAGAUUCUAACUGAGCAUAAAGGUAUAACUAGUAGAUUUAGGCCAUCUCCAAAAACUUAAUUCUUUUAAUAUCCAUCAGCAUUAUUUCCCAAACUUGUCUGAUCAGAAGAAUCACCUGGAGGGGCCAGAGAUGCUAGGUUAGCAGGCUAGAGCCCAAGCUUUGCAUGUUCAAUCUCAGCACCACAUGGUUCCCUGAGCACUGCCAGCAAUGAUCACUGAGCACCAAGCUGGGAGUAGUCCCUGAGCACGACCAGAAGGGACAGCAAAAUUGAAAACAAACCAAAAAAGUCACCUGGAGUCAGUUAGAUGUAAGGAUUCUCUGGCUUCUCUGGAUUUUCUGAUUCAAAAGGUUUGAAAGAGGAACCCUGUAGUUUGAACCAGUGCUUCAAACAUUUUAAACUGCACUUGAAGAAUUUAAAGACGUACUGUUGACUGGGGUACUGUUUCAUUUGCACUUCACAAGUGGACGGUGAUUGUUUUUUUUAAAGUCAGAUAAAUGCAGAGGUCUGUAUCUUAUACCUGACUUAGGUAAUUUAUAUCCUUUUUCAAAGUAAAGAUGCCCAAAGCCUUGGCUUUCAGAAUGUUCUUUUGAUUGCUUUCUGUCUUCAAUUUAUUAGAGGUGAAAUUCAGAAGUCUUAGUAGUAUAUAUGAUUUUAAUAUGAAUACAAAAGUUUCAAGAAAAAUAAGAAGCAGAGUCUGUUGAUCAAGAUGUUGACGUCCUAAACAAAAAACAACAACAAACAAAGAAAUCAGCAUUCUCUUGUCAAAUCACUACCUGAGGAACUCUUUAAGAUAUACCAAUAAGUGAGGGAGCCAACUCAUUGAACUUGUAUUUUUCUCUUCACCAUACCCCUUUUCCUUCCAGGAACACAGAUGCGACGGGCAUGAGAACAAGAACCACAUGCUUAAGACUGCUGGGCAGAAUAUAGAGAUAGAUCAGGGAGUCUGUGAUUGUGUUGUGAAAAUCUUUGCUGCCUAUUUCUAGCCUUACUGUUUCACAAGAAAAAAUAAAGCUCUAAGUUGUUGAAAAAAAGAAAAGUAACUGGGGUUGGAGAGGUAAUAUGAUGAUGGAUUGGGCGCUUGCCAUGCACAUGGCCGACCCAUGUGUGAUCCUCUGAACAUUCCAUCCCCUGAGCCCUGCCAGAAGUGAAUCUGAGCACAGAGCCAGGAGUAAGCCCUGAGCACUGGUGGGUGUGGCCCCAAAAUCCUUUCAUCCUGAGAUUCUGAUGUAUUAGAUUGAGAAUAAAGACCUCGAAACUUUGUGGGUUUUUCAAAGGUCCACGUUUAUAAUAUGGAUUGAGGAUCAGUGAUACAGGGCUUAAAAAGUCUCCAAAGGUUUUUAGUGCCUUAGAAGUCCCAUGAAACACAACUAUAUUGUCAAAGUGGACUUUCUUUGUGUGAAGAAAUUCUCAGUGAGAACUCCAGUAGCACACUUGAUAUUAUCAAGAUGUAAUGAGUCUAGUAGCAGAGACAAUUCAUACCUUACUCUGGAGCAGCUGAUGCUGGAGCAGGAUAUUCAGAAUGGCAGCCUGCUGUGAUUCAAGACUGUGCUCAUGUCAAAGCUUUUGUGACAUUUUGAGUGAAAAAUUGGUUGCUGCAUAAGUCUAUCAUUUUCAGCUUUUGUUGCACACUGGAAUGCUUCCCCAAAUGGCUCUGAUGCAGCCCAGUUUGAGAUUACAACUGCUGAAGAGCAUGAAUGACUGAUAAAAAGCUUGUGAACUCUAAAAUUGCAAUCAAGAACCAGAUAGUAUGGGGGUUAAGGUUCUUGCCUUGCACAUGGCUGUCCCUGGUUUGAUCCUGGCACCACAUGUUCACUGGACACCAGCAGGACAUUUUCCCACCUACCAAAUUAAAUCCCACCCCUCCCAACCAAAAAAAAAAGUUGCAGCCAAUAUGAUGUAUUGUUAAAAUUUUUUCUCCAGAUUAUUUCUUCAGUAGCUAUUUCAGCAAAACACUAAGAAUGUUAGUUCUUAAAAUGAUUCUCUUGUGAAUAUUAAUAUGCCGAUAAAACUUCCAAGAUUGUGUAGAGAAGGGAUUAAAUUUAUGUUUUGCCAAUUGGUUACUUAAGAAGUGCUUGAGGCGUUGCUGUUUUUCCUUUAUGAUUGAAGAAAAUAUGUGGAGAAUAUAAUGGCUUAUUUUAUGUGCUACAGGUCGGGAAGUACUAAUGAAAUUGUUCAUUUGUCACCUAUAAAUAUUUUAUAAUGGAAUAUAUUUUUAUUUAAAGGAACAUCAAUUUAAAAUGUUUCUGUGUCAGAUCUGUUGGUUGUUUCCCAUCAGGGUAUCUGAAUUUUUUUUCUUUUUUACUGUUUUGGGUCACACCUGGCGAUGCACAGGGUUAGUCCUGGCUCAUGCACUCAGGAAUUACUCUUGGCGGUGCUCAGGGGACCAUAUGGGAUGCUGGGAAUCCUUGUGCAAGGCAAAUGGCCUUGCUAUCCUUCCAGCCCCCUGAAAUUAUUUUCUUAAAGAAGGAAGCAGUCUAGCAACAUAGUAUUACUUUUGGUGCCAGAGUGAUAGUACAACCGGUAGGGUGUUUGCCUUGCGUGCAGCCAACCCAAGGUUCAAUCCCUGGCAUCUCACAUGGUCCCAGAGCACCAUCAGGAGUAACCCUUGAGCAUCGCCAGUUAUGACCCCAAAAGCAAAGAGAAAAAAAGGUACUAGUUUUAAUGCAAUUACAGUAUUAUUUAUUUGAAGAAAAAUACUGUCAGAGCAUCUUACUGCAGACCAUCGUAGGUAUUACAGGAAGACAAACAUGCAGGAGCUGGAUGAAAUCCAGUUCUCUUCCAGUAGUUCUCCAAAUUCUAUUUAUUAACAUCAUCUGGAAGGCUUGUUAAACCACUCCGGGUUUCAUGUCCAAAAUGUUCAGCGGAUUUCAAGCCGGACACAAAACUGCUUUUUCUUAAGUUCCUGGGUAAUGCUGGUUGGUUGGGAACCAGAGAACCAAUUCUAUAGUUUAGCUCUGUGUGAAAAAGCAAGCUUGUGGCAGGAGAUGCAGACCUGAGGCCUUGGGUUUGAUUCUAGCAUUGCAAAACAAAAGCCUGGAAAUAUCAACAUGAGCUGCUGAAUAAGUAUGUAUUGGACUUCAUGUUAAUUCCUGUGAUUAGUUGGUCCCUCUAAGCUGUUCUCCUGUUGUACACAUUUUUUUGAUAAAUAGGAAAUACUAUUUGAGAUACACACAAGCCAGCAUUGUUUUCUAAGUACAUACUUGUGUAUAUACCCCAUGCUCUGGAGUUUAAAGUAACUCAAGAUUUAUAUGCUUUUUAGCAGAUCAAAAAAAAAAAAAAAAAAGAACAGGCCUAAGUAUUUGCUUCUUAGGUUUCUUAAUGAUAGGCUUGUGUUACAGUCAUCUGUAAUUUAUCUCAUCAGGGUUUGUAUCAUAGUUGAUGAACUGGCUGAAUAUAUUGUGGGUAGCAUUACCAGUAUCUUCUCCACAAAGAGUCACAAUACACUGGAAUGUCUUUCUCUGUAAUUGUAUUUCUACUCUUUAAAAAUUGUUUCCCAUUUGUGUUUGGAAUAAACUACAUCACCACUU